AAAAUGCUGAAAGUGGGACUAUAGCCUAUUCUGCUCAUCUGCUGUGCACUAGAGUAGAGUUGACUCGCCCUCCAUCAUUAGAAAAGAUAUUUCAUUGAUCAAUGUUGUGAAUUCUACGAGCAAAUUCGGAUUUUCUGUUAUUGUUUUUGUAUUGGAAAUAGUGUAUGGUUUAGUACUUCGGUACUAUUUUAUUAUUGGUGAUGCAUUUACGAGUAAAUAUAAUAUUACUUCUUCAUACAAUAGCUGUGAUCUCGAUACAAAUUACAUUUGCAGAAGAGACGAAUUCACAACAGCACAGUGUCUGGCAGAAAUCGAAGGAUGACAUCUACAUAGACGACGACGCCCUGGAAGGCUCGGGUCGUGACGAGGUGAGGAAUGACUUGGAGGCGAGUGGCUCGGGUUACGGGCCGGACGAUGAGGACGCCGAGGCUGGAUCAGGUGCUGUCUCUAUUAUCAAUUCGAACAACAAUAACAAAACACCAAAGACAUCAAACCAUCCAUCCAAGGAACCUGACUUUGGCAAAGAGAGAGAGCCUGAAGUUACAAAGGAGAAUCAGAAUAAUGUUGAACAAACUGUGCCGAACAACGGUAUUGGUGGAACAGAUACUGACUCUAAUGCUGAUUUAGACUCUAGUAAUCACAAUGAUGUAUACAUAAUGAACGCAAAGCCCGAGGACAGGCCCACAUCGUUCUUUGCUCAACCAGGCAUCUUGGCAGCUGUGAUUGGCGGAGCAGUUGUCGGCCUGCUGUGCGCCAUCUUGGUUGUGAUGUUCAUCGUGUACAGGAUGCGCAAAAAGGACGAAGGAUCCUACGCCCUCGAGGAGCCCAAGCGCUCGCCAACAGCCAACUCUUACUCGAAAAACUCCAACCGAGAGUUCUAUGCCUGAAGUUGCCAUAAUCAAUUAUUUUGUGCUCCAUGAGUAAAGUACGGUAUACAAAUCUGUAGGUAAUUACUAUGAAUGCGUCACUGAAAUGUAUUUAUUGCUCUCAUUAUUGUUUGGAGGAGACCAGGAAGUCAGGUGACCAAAUAUAUUACUGUGGCGGCCGUUUGAUACGGCACGAAUUUAUUCAUACAUUAAUCUAAUGGUAGAUAAUAAGUACAUUUUUGUGAGCAGUACCUUUCCAUUCAAUCGUCCAUAUUAACUUGUAAUUUAUUUGAUAAAUAUACAAAUUCAUUCAUUUUAAAAUUACUAAAUUGUAAAUAAUUGUUUAUCUCUCUAUCAUUGAACUUGCUAUACUAAAAGCGUAUACUUUAUUCCGCUAAUUGGACACAAAAACUGCCAUUUAUCAAGUCAUUCUAAAUAAUUUCAUUUCUAUCUGGCUUCACGCGAAUAGGUUGUUUCAUUGAUCUAAUCGAUCGGUUGUAGCUUCAAAACAAAAACAAAUUCAAUUAGUUACAUGUUAUGAAAAGUAUACUUAUAAGAUGAUGUCCAUAUUUUUUGUGUAUUGAAUAAUUAUAUUUUAUUACUUUUAAUCAGCGCGUAACUUAAUCUAAGAGUAAUAGAUAUAUUUAACAUCAUGUAUAUUAUUCACUAAAUUGAUGCGGCAUUCUUGAGCUGGGCUCGCACACAACAGUGACAGUGAAAAGAUAAUUCCCAUAACUUCAAGUGGUAUUAAUAAUAAUCUUUAUUAAAGGAGGUAACAGAUGGAAGGAAACUCAACCUUAGUAUUUUCAUAGAGAAACAUAGCGUAAGUAGGUAUCCCAUGGUAUAGGGCGUUUAUGUUGCAACUUUUUCUGUUAUCUCAAGCCGAUUAUUGUCGAUUUUUCUGUUUUGUUGGGGCGAGAGUGUAUUAACGGCACAGUAUGAGAGACUACGAGCGUCACACAGCUUCACGGGAAAGAACUACGUGGACUAUCGGCUUGAGAUAACAGUGAAAGUUGCGUCAGAAACGUCCUAUAACAUGGGAUAUCUACUUACGCUAUUGUUUCUCUAUGGUAUUAUUCAUACUCGGCUGGGCUGAGUGGGAGUAGUUCAAUUAGGACUUAAUCGAAAUAAUAUUUUGGCUGUUCACUGUUGUGUGCGAAACCAGCUUGACGGGUUUGUCCAUAUCGUUGAAGUGAGUUUCAAUGAUUCAACAAUGCUUUGUGCUCUCUAAUGAUGAACAUUCCACCCUAAAGGGGCGU